CGCCGUGUAAAGCUGCGGAGUGCCCGUGCGACCUUGGGCUUCCUGGGACUGGCCCUGAAUCCGUCUUGGGGUCUGUAUGGGGAGGCAGAGCCGAGAGCGCGGGAACCGCUGGGGUCCCGGAUCCUCUCGCCUCUGGCUGGUGUGACCUUGGCCGAGUCGCCAAGUCACCGAACUUCCUGGGUUCUCUAAGUGGUGAUGCCCUGGUCGUAGCGCUUUGCGUGUACCGAUUUAUUUGGUUUUCCUGGAAGCCUAUCGGGAAAGCUGCCGGUAUAACUUUCAUGUCCUGCGGCUUAUUAGCUCUGUGACCCGGGCAAGUUCCUUAAGACUCUGCUGCUUUACUUGUUAGAUGAGUUGCUAAUCAGACAUCCAGUGGCUUAUUUGCGAGGUUUAUCUGAUGUAAGGCGUGGAACUUUUUAGACCAAUACCUAGGGUGCAAGAAGUGCUGGGUAUGUCUUCGCUUCUGUUUGUUUUAUUAUUUUAUUUGAUCUCAGAGCAAACGUGUGUAAUUGUGACUCAGUGUUCUUGUGGUUGGAGAAGGAGAGGGUUCAGCAACUCUUAAAUAAAACUACGUAACCGUGAAGAGGUACAUAUAGUUUAGGCAGAAAAGUGAAGUGAUUGAAUGCAAGCUAUAAGUAGGUGGAGAAAUAAGACUGUAUUAUAAUUAACCCAUUUUUCUAAUAGGCCUGUGGUUUUAAAAGUGGAUUUGUAUCGCAAUUCCAAGUUCUUAAACACUGUAGAGUUUUGUAUACCUUUGAAGUGGAGGGCAAGAGAUAAGAACAUCUAUAGGGCAAACAUCAGGAUGAGGGGUUUUUUGGCAGAAUUUCUUUCAGAUAUGAGUGUACUUUUAUUACCUGCCUUGUAUUAGGGCAGUUAUAAAAACCUAUUCCAUUCUAAUUUCAUGUUUUUUGUUGAUUACUAUGUAUAGAUUUUAUCGGAUAAAAUGUUUAGAGUACAAAAGAACUGGUAUAUUUUACUUGAAUACCAAUUUCCAGUAGUUUGUGAUAGGUUUCAGUAAAAUGUUAAGAUGUCUAUGCUAAAAACCAGAAGUUUCGUUUUAAAAUAUUUAGAAGUGUAAAGUGAUUAAAAGCCUCUUUUUUUGGCUUUUAAUCUUUUUAAAAGAUGUAAUCUUUUUUCUUUCCGGAGAAGUUGCAUAGUAACAAAAUUGUAUAUAAAUUAAAACUUUGAAGGCUUUAUUAGGAACACAGAUUUUUGAAUUGAUCUGAUUCCUGAUUAAAUGUGGGAGGAGACAGUUUCAUUUUUUCAGCUUUUCUGUCAUUCCUUUGCCUCGAGAUUUUGCUGGACAAGGCAUUUUCAGGCCUGAGUAUCUUGUGGUCUCCAUUCAUGAAAAUAAAUUCAGUUCCUGAUUGGCCCUAAAAGUGGUGGAAAUAUUAAGAAAAACUUGACAUGUCUGGAUUUCCUGUUGAAAAUAUCAGAAAUUUUAGUAUUAUUGCACAUGUGGAUCAUGGCAAAAGUACCUUAGCAGACAGGCUCCUAGAACUAACAGGAGCAAUUGAUAAAACAAAGAAUAAUAAGCAGGUUCUUGAUAAAUUGCAAGUGGAACGAGAAAGAGGAAUCACUGUAAAAGCACAGACAGCAUCUCUUUUUUAUAAUUGUGAAGGAAAGCAAUACCUUUUAAAUCUCAUUGAUACACCAGGCCAUGUUGAUUUCAAUUACGAAGUAUCCAGGUCACUUUCUGCUUGCCAGGGUGUUCUACUUGUGGUUGAUGCAAAUGAGGGUAUUCAAGCCCAAACUGUAGCAAACUUCUUUCUUGCCUUUGAAGCACAGCUAUCAGUAAUUCCAGUUAUAAACAAGAUAGAUUUGAAGAAUGCUGAUCCUGAAAGGGUUGAAAAGCAAAUUGAAAAAGUGUUUGAUAUUCCAAGUGAUGAAUGUAUUAAGAUUUCUGCUAAACUUGGAACAAAUGUUGAAAGUGUUCUUCAGGCAGUUAUUGAAAGAAUACCCCCUCCUAAAGUGCAUCGCAAAAAUCCCCUGAGAGCUCUGGUAUUUGACUCCACCUUUGACCAGUACAGAGGUGUGAUAGCCAAUGUAGCAUUAUUUGAUGGAGUGGUUUCCAAAGGAGAUAAAAUUGUAUCUGCACAUACGCAAAAGACAUACGAAGUUAAUGAAGUAGGAAUUUUGAAUCCUAAUGAGCAGUCAACUCAAAAAUUAUAUGCAGGACAGGUGGGCUAUCUGAUUGCUGGGAUGAAAGAUGUCACUGAAGCACAAAUAGGAGACACAUUACAUUUACAUAAGCAACCAGUGGAGCCCUUGCCUGGGUUCAAAUCAGCGAAACCAAUGGUAUUUGCAGGAAUGUACCCUAUAGACCAAUCUGAAUAUAACAACCUGAAGAGUGCUAUAGAAAAACUGACUUUAAAUGACUCCAGUGUGACAGUUCAUCGGGAUAGUAGCCUUGCCCUGGGUGCAGGCUGGAGGUUGGGAUUUCUUGGACUUUUGCACAUGGAAGUUUUCAACCAGCGACUAGAGCAAGAAUAUAAUGCGUCUGUUAUUUUGACAACACCAACUGUUCCAUAUAAAGCUGUUCUUUCAUCAGCAAAAUUGAUAAAGGAAUAUAGGGAAAAAGAAAUUACAAUCAUCAAUCCUGCACAAUUCCCUGAUAAAUCAAAAGUAGCAGAGUAUUUGGAGCCAGUUGUUUUGGGCACUAUUAUCACACCAGAUGAAUACACUGGAAAAAUAAUGAUGCUUUGCCAGGCUCGAAGAGCAGUUCAGAAGAAUAUGAUGUUUAUUGAUGAAAAUAGGGUUAUGCUUAAAUAUCUCUUUCCUUUGAAUGAAAUUGUGGUAGAUUUUUAUGAUUCCUUGAAGUCUCUAUCUUCUGGAUAUGCUAGUUUUGAUUAUGAAGAUGCAGGCUACCAGACUGCAGAACUUGUAAAAAUGGAUAUUCUACUGAAUGGAAAUAUCGUAGAGGAACUAGUAACUGUUGUACACAAAGACAAAGCACACUUGGUUGGCAAAACCAUAUGUGAGCGGCUAAAGGAUUCUCUUCCCAGGCAGCUGUUUGAGAUAGCAAUUCAAGCUGCUAUUGGAAGUAAAAUUAUUGCGAGAGAAACUGUGAAAGCCUAUAGGAAAAAUGUUUUGGCAAAAUGUUAUGGUGGUGAUAUUACUCGAAAAAUGAAACUUUUGAAGAGACAAGCAGAAGGAAAAAAAAGACUGAGGAAAAUUGGCAACAUUGAAGUUCCAAAAGAAGCUUUUAUAAAAGUUCUGAAAACACAAUCUGAUAAAUAAAUGUUGGGAAAAUAUAAAGAAUUUUCCUAAAUUAAAAA